GAGGGAAGUGUGCUGCCGCGGGGACGAGCAAGGCGCGGGAGCGCGCUUGGAACAGGACCCUGCAGGAGAGGAGCGGUCAUGUGACGCCGCUUGCAGACGCUCUUCACGGACGCCUGCUCGCCUCCUUCGGAAACACACGUUAUGCUUCUGCGGGAGGGGCUGGUGGGUAUCUAGAGUCCAGAUGCUCUAUUUCUGCGGAUGUAGUUAGUUGGGUUUUUGCUUUUUUCCCCGCGAUGUUUGAGCGAUUCCGGUGACCGGAUUCUUCUUGGUAACAAAACUUUCUCACCAGUGUUUGAGGUUCCCAAAGUGCCCGGUUGUGGCCGUAAUGAUGUGUCCGUCGGGCGUGCUGCUCUGAAGACCCAGGUAAGCUCCAGGAAGUCCACAGCAAGAGAAGAGGGAUCGUGGUGCUACAGUUACCAUGACAACCCAAACAGCCACCACUUUGACAGUUCCUGAGGUCACAACUCCCCAGCCUGCCCAGACGGACUCCACCGUCAUUGGAGUGGUGAUCGUGCUGGUGCUGCUCACGCUGGCGGGCGCGGCCUACCUCCUCUUCCGCUACCAGUGCCAGAACAAGGGGGCCUACAGGACGACAGGCGAGCCGGCGCCGGGCGAGGAGCUGGAGCAGGUGGCGGCCGAGGCGAGCCCAGAGGACAAGAAGGAAUACUUCAUCUGAUCCCGGCGGCGCCACUUCUUCAGGAAGACAAGUUUGCCCAGGUGGAUGGACGGUGCCCAACUGUACCGAAGCUGUCGGGCACCAUGACUGGGCUCCGAAGCUCGUUUUAAAGGGCUGGUUUACAACCGCGAUUACGACACGGCGCACUAUAAGACAGGAUGCUUGGGGAGCCCAGAAUGUAAAAAAUAAAACCCACUUGUCUGGACAGGGGCUGCAGCCCCACUCUUGCGAAGUGCCACCGUCCUGCUCCUCUGUUCCUCAGAAGCAGCAGGUCAGUUUCUGGUGCCAGGUCUCUGCCAUGUCCUCCUGUGCCCCACUCAGCCUCCGCUGACCCAGACCUUAGCCUUCAGUCACAAUGACCCUCUUUACAACUCUUUACAAACCGAAGGUGCAGGCUGAGCCGCCUUUUUUUUUAAUACAACAGUUUUAAAAUGUGACCAAUUUAUUCGGAUCGUGUAUGAUUUCUAUUUUCGCAGCUUGACAAGUUUCAUAGUUCAAUCCUUGUUACGUUAAAAUCUAUAUCUUUAUUCCUGCAUGUGAAAUAUGGUGAAAUUGUGCUCUUGUGGGGGUGAGUGAAGGUGCAUUAGUCUGGAUUACUUGUGGCGGACAAGUUACAGUGGCCAAAACACAUUAGUCCUAUCGGUGUUCUUGUUUAAGCCGAGCGUUAGAUAAGCGGAACUCCUGGCGGAGGCAGUUGUUCGUUUUAGUUGAUUUGGUAGGACAUGUUUAAGCAGUAGUGGAACAAGCUAAGGUGCAGUCCAACAGUGCAAGGGAUAGCCCAGUUGGCGCCUUUUGAAUGCUAUGAAUUGUUUGUAAUGGGUUCAGAAUGUGAAUAGUGGUUUUAUGAUUUGAUUUUAAGUAUGUUUAAACAUUUUGCUUUUAUUAACUUGUAUCUAUAUACAUUUUUGACAACUUAUGAACUGUGUUAUCUGCAAGCAGGAAUGUGCAAGGUGACAGUAUGUGACUGCAAGACAAUAACCAACAGGGGGAGCUGUUUCAUCCCAUAGGCACCACCUGUAUUGUAGCUGGAAUUUAGUGAUUUUCUCAACUUUUUUUUUUCUAUACUAUUUAGCUUUUGCUUGGGGUCCUGCCAUACUGGAAACAACUAAGAUUACAAUAAAAUGCCCAUUUGAAUCUUA